ACAGAGAGAGAAAGAGAGAGAUCAGUCAGUAUGGACGCGUUGGUACAGGUACCGUAUGGAGCGUCGGUGCGGAUGAUGUUGGCUUCUCUGGAGCGAAAUCUCCUGCCGGACGCGGUGGUAAGGAGGCUGACGCGGCUGCUGUUGGCCAGCCGUCUCCGCUCUGGCUACAAACCUUCCUCUGCCAUCCAGCUCUUUGAUCUCCUUCAAUUCGCUAUCUCUCUUAAAGAUAUGCCUAUAGCUGUCCAGACAGAGAAACCAAAGUCCCAACAUUAUGAAUUACCUACCUCCUUCUUCAAGUUGGUACUAGGAAAGAAUCUCAAAUACAGCUGUUGUUACUUCAGUGGUAAGUCAAACGACUUAGAGGAAGCUGAGAAAGCAAUGUUGGAGCUAUACUGUGAGAGGGCACAGAUAAAAGAUGGUCAAACCAUCCUUGAUGUUGGAUGUGGCUGGGGAUCACUUUCAUUAUAUAUUGCUAAAAAAUAUGCUAACUGCAGGGUCACAGGGAUUUGCAAUUCAACAACGCAAAAAGCAUAUAUAGAUGAGCGGGGCAGGGAACUGCAGCUGCAGAAUGUUGACAUCAUUGUUGGAGACAUUAGCACGUAUGAAAUGGAGGCCUCUUUCGAUAGAGUUUUAUCCAUAGAAAUGUUUGAACACAUGAAGAACUACCAGGAGCUCCUUAAGAAAAUAUCAAAGUGGAUGAAGCAGGACAGCCUUCUUUUCAUACAUUACUUCUGCCACAAAGCAUUUGCUUACCACUUUGAGGACAAAAAUGAAGAUGACUGGAUCACCAGAUACUUCUUCACUGGAGGGACAAUGCCUUCUGCAAACUUACUUCUUUAUUUCCAGGAUGAUGUUUCUAUUGUUGACCAUUGGCUUGUAAAUGGGACACAUUAUGCACGAACCAGUGAGGAGUGGCUUAAGAGAAUGGACCAGAACAUGACCUCUAUCAGUCCAAUAAUGGAGUCAACUUAUGACAAAGAUUCAGCUGUUAAGUGGACUGCAUACUGGCGGACAUUCUUCAUCUCGGUGGCAGAGCUUUUCGGUUAUAACAACGGAGAAGAAUGGAUGGUUGCACAUUACCUAUUCAAGAAGAAAUGAAGGGCGUCUCAUACACUCACACUGCCCUCUUCUAUCUCUGUUUUAGUUGGGUGGCUAAGAUACAAAAUACCAGAGCUUUGAAAAAAUUCAUUGUUUUGUUGAAACCAUGUCAAAAGAUAUUUCAUGCUACCUACCCUAGAGUGAUUUGUGAUGCA